AUGGCCGAGAAGAUUGCGAUUGACAAAAAUACCUUUUUCAAUCAUCUGUCCAACUUGUAUGCGUCAUGGAAAGCCGACAAGCGUUCUGGCAAUGCCCUGUUCGGAGGGGCAGGCGCUAUUGUUAUCCUCAUGGGCAAGACCAGAACCGACGAGAGUGCUUUUCAGAAGAAUAAUGCAAUGCACUUCUGGCUUCUCGGCUACGAGUUCCCGGCGACGCUCUUGGUCCUGACUACGGAAGCGGUCUAUGCAGUUACUACCGCCAAGAAAGCGGAGCUUCUUGAGCCUUUGAAAGGUGGGAAGAUUCCGGUAGAACUUCUGGUGACUACAAAGGACCCGGAGUCCAAGACGAAGGCAUUCGAAAAAUGUCUGGAGGUCAUCAAAGGCGCAGGAAAGAAAGUUGGCACCUUGCCAAAAGACACAACUUCCGGCCCCUUCGCCGAUGACUGGAAGCGCGCUUUCGCAGAAAUCUCCAAGGACAUCGAGGAAGUUGAUAUCACGCCAGCGCUCUCAGCUGCAUUUUCGAUCAAGGAUCCCGAGGAACUGGUCUCCAUUCGGAACGCCUCUAGGGCAUGUAGCGGGUUGAUGUCGGAAUACUUUGUGGAUGAGAUGUCUCAACUGCUAGAUGAAGAAAAGCAGAUGACACACAAAGCCCUUGCCAGCAAAGUUGAGGCGAAGAUCGAUGAUGCCAAAUUUUUCAACAAGCUUGCCCGUCUCCCAUCGGAAUUUGACGCCGAGCAGAUUGACUGGGCUUAUGGCCCGGUAGUUCAGAGCGGUGGAGUUUAUGACCUAAAGCUAACUGCAACCCCCGAUAGCAAAAACCUCCAGCCGGGCAUUAUCCUUUCAAGCUUCGGUAUCCGCUACAAAACUUACAACUCCCUUAUCGGGCGCACCUACUUGGUGGACCCUAGCAAAUCCCAAGAAGCAAACUAUGCUUUCCUGGUGAGCCUGCACGAGACGGUCAUGAAGGAGAUCAGGGAUGGAGUCGUUGCCAAGGAUCUGUACAACAAGGCUCUGAGCCUAGUCAAAACCAAGAAGCCAGAACUUGAGAGCCACCUGACCAAGAACAUUGGCUCGGGAAUCGGUAUUGAGAUCCGAGAUGCCAAUAUGAUCCUUAAUGCGAAGAACACUCGAGUCUUGAAGAAUGGCAUGACCCUGGCGAUCACCAUAGGCCUGACCGAUGUGAAAGAUGCCAGCUCUAAGGGCAAGGACGUCUACUCCAUGGUCAUCACUGAUACUGUUCGCGUUGGCGAAAAUGGCCCUCAUAUCUUUACUAAGGAUGCCGGCAUUGAUAUGGAUUCGGUUUCCUUUUACUUUGGGGAUGACGAAGAGCCAGAGAAACCGGUGAAGGAGAAGAAAGAGGCAAAAUCUAGCGCAAUCGCUAGCAGAAAUGUGACCCGCACCAAGCUUCGAGCGGAGCGGCCGACUCAGAUCAACGAGGGUGCUGAAGCACGCCGCCGGGAGCAUCAAAAGGAAUUGGCGACGAAGAAGACCAAAGAAGGUCUAGAUCGGUUCACCGGGACUACUGGAGACGACAAUGGUGUGGCCCAGAAGAAGUUCAAGCGCUUCGAAUCUUACAAGCGAGACAACCAGCUGCCCGUCAAGGUCAAAGAUCUUACCGUUUAUGUCGACCACAAGGCGUUGACUGUUAUCGUGCCAAUCAUGGGUAGGCCCGUGCCGUUCCACAUUAACACCAUCAAGAAUGCCAGCAAGAGUGAUGAAGGAGAAUACGCGUAUUUGCGGAUCAACUUUCUCUCGCCUGGUCAGGGUGUCGGUAGAAAGGAUGAUCAGCCAUUUGAAGAUCCGAACGCCCAUUUCGUUCGCAAUUUGACACUACGAUCCAAGAGUAACGAUAGAUUGGCACAGGUUGCGCAAGAUAUCACCGAGCUUCGAAAGAAUGCUUUGAGACGAGAGCAGGAGAAGAAGGAGAUGGAGGACGUGGUCGAGCAAGACAAGCUUGUGGAAAUCAGAAAUCGUCGUCCUGUGAAACUGCCCGAUGUAUACCUUCGGCCGCCGCUGGAUGGCAAGCGUGUUCCAGGUGAGGUGGAAAUUCACCAAAAUGGUCUCCGGUACCUGUCGCCCUUCCGCAACGAGCAUGUCGAUGUGCUCUUUAGCAAUGUGAAGCAUCUAUUUUUCCAACCUUGUGCUCAUGAGAUGAUCGUUCUUAUUCAUGUGCACUUGAAAACCCCAAUCAUGAUCGGAAAGAGAAAGACUCGGGAUGUGCAAUUUUAUCGCGAGGCUACAGAGAUGCAGUUUGAUGAAACUGGAAACCGUCGGCGUAAGCACCGAUAUGGAGAUGAGGAAGAGUUCGAGGCCGAACAGGAGGAAAGACGCCGGAGGGCUGCGCUUGACCGCGAAUUCAAAGCCUUCGCUGAGAAGAUUGCGGAUGCUGGCAAGGAUGAGGGUGUGGACGUCGAUAUUCCCUUCCGAGAGAUCGGUUUCACCGGUGUGCCGAACCGCUCCAAUGUGCUGAUCCAGCCGACUACGGAUGCGCUCGUCCAACUCACUGAGCCUCCUUUCAUGGUGAUCACACUCAAUGAAAUUGAGAUUGCCCAUUUGGAGCGAGUGCAGUUUGGCCUCAAAAAUUUCGAUCUUGUGUUUGUUUACAAGGACUUCCAUCGACCCCCAGUGCAUGUGAACACUAUCCCGGUUGAAGCACUGGAAGGUGUCAAGGACUGGCUCGACUCGGUUGAUAUUGCCUUUACCGAGGGUCCCCUGAACCUCAACUGGACCACUAUCAUGAAAACAGUUGUGAGCGAUCCAUACGGCUUCUUUGCUGAUGGUGGAUGGUCUUUCCUGGCUGCUGAAUCCGACUCCGAGGGUGGAUCGGAUGACGAAGCCGAGUCGGCCUUUGAACUUUCUGACUCUGAGCUGGCAGCCGCCGAUGAGAGCUCGGAAGAGGAUAGCGACUUUGACGAUGAUGCCAGUGCAGACGCCAGCGAGGAGGACUUCAGCGGCGAUGAGGAGAGUGGCGAGGACUGGGAUGAACUUGAAAAGAAAGCUAAGCGCCAUGACAAGGAAGCCAUGGUGGACGACGAUGACCGUGGCACGAAGCGCAAGCGCUAA